AUGAAGCUUGAGAUUUCUCGACCUCCAGGCUAUGUCCUGGCAGCAGGCAUGGUGUCUCUCGGAGGGUUUCUGAAUGGCUACGAUACAGGCAGCAUCGGUGCUGUGACCGAAAUGCCAUUCUUCACAUCUAGCAUUGGCGAACUCACGCCCUUUCUCCGUGGAUUCACAGUCUCAUUGAUCAUGCUUACUGGGGCCUUCCCAUCCUUCUUUGCUGGACAACUUGCAGAUCGCUUUGGAAGACUUGCGAUUGUGGCAGCAGGUGCACUAGUGUUUGCUACUGGAGCUGCUUUGGAGGGAUGUGCCAACAAACUCGCCAUGUUUCUCGUUGGUAGAGCACUGUGUGGGAUUGGUGAGGGUCUUUGGAUCAGUAACAUCACAGUAUACAUUACAGAGAUUGCACCAUCGGCGCGAAGAGGCAUGCUAGUGUCGAUGCCUCAGUUCAUGGCUAAUGCUGGUAUUUGUGUUGGCUACUUUACCUGCUACGGAAGUGUGCAGAUUGAAUCGAGCUUCUCGUGGAGAGCACCAUACAUCAUUCAAGCUAUCCUCGGACUCGUCUUGGCUACCACACCAUUCAUUCUACCUCAAUCACCUCGCUGGCUUCUUCUCAACGGUCACCGCGACAAGGCUAUCGAGGAACUCAAACGCCUCGACUUUAGUGCCGUGGAGGCUGAGAAAGACUUGCUCGGUCCCGCCGCUGAACAACAGAUAUCCGCCAGACAACCCGGUGCUGUUGAGGGACUCACUCGACUCUUCCGCAAGCCGUAUCGCAAGCCUGCAUUACUCGCCCUCUAUGUGCUGGGAGUCAUACAACUCAGCGGUAUUGAUGGUGUGCUCUACUACGCAUCCACCCUCUUCGCCCAAGCCGGCAUCUCAGCAAAAACCUCCUCCUUCCUCGCCUCAGGCCUCUCAGCUAUUCUCAUGCUCGCAAUAAGCAUCCCGGCUGUCCUCUUCACCGACUCCAUAUCCCGCCGCACCAACGUAAUAACCGGCGGCUCCAUUCUAACCUUCUGCAUGUUCACAAUCGGCACACUCUACGCAUCCAACUCCGUCACUCCUCAAAAUCCAGCCCGUUGGCUCGUCAUCGUUUUGGUCUUCGUCUUCGGUCUAGCUUACUCCGCAACCUGGGGCAUCGUGGGCAAAAUCUACGCUUCGGAGAUCCAACCCGCUGCUACGAGAAGUGCUGCUAGUUCUGUAGCCCAAGGACUGGGUUUCUUUACGAAUUGGAUCGUCGCCAUCAUUACACCUGUGUUACUGGCAAACUCGAGCUUUGGAGCGUACUUUUUGUUCGGAAGCAUUUGUUUCGUUAGUGUGUUGGUGUUGAUGGUCAGUAUGCCUGAGACCAAAGGGUUGAGCCUUGAAGCUAUUCAAGAGGCUUUCUUGGUGCCCGGAACUGCUCAGAGGGGGAGGGUGGUCAGUUUGCUGAAGAGAUGGGCUGGUCUUGGAGGGUCUGUUCCUGUUGCUGCGGGAGGUGCACAAACCACAGAGUCUGCUGUUGAACUCAGGGAUGUGGGUGGUCUUUUGACUCAAGAUGCUGCUGUUAGUGGUGUACAGACGACCUCUCUGGAAAGUGGAAGUGAGAGAAGUGUCAGGGCCUAG